GCGUGUAUGCUGGUUGGGGGCGACAAUGGGUGAUGGGUCGGGGAUCGUCCGAUACGCGUGAACACGCAAUACUCGCGUAAUCCGUCGUGUUGAGUCGCGAGGUGACGUGCGACGGCUGGGCGACGACGGUGCGGUCGGGUCGGACAUGCGGGGUUUCUGUGCGUAGUCUCCAGCGUCUGUGUGGUGCGUUGCAUUCAACGCGAACCGACGUUAAACAUCGCCUCGUAUGUACUCGUGGUACAACUUGCACAACGCCACGAUGAAUCGACAUAAUAGACGAUCGUUUUACGCGUGGUACGAGUAAGGGAAAAGAGGGAAAAGAGAUUCUUGUGUAAAAACCAGGAUCUAUCGCUCGAUAUCUCACGCUCGUCGUCUCGGCUAAAUCGACAAGUCGCGCGGUUAAUCUUCGGAACGAACGUCGGAUCAAAGCGCAGUUGGAUUCCCGAAAUUCCAGAAUGUAUCGCAAGUUCGGAUUCGAGGUGGAAUACUUGACGGAGGAGCAUCUCACGGGGUUCGAGAGUUACAAGUAUAGCUCGUUGGAUACAAGUCCCCUGAGUGUGUAUGUUAUGCACCCUUUUUGGAACAAAGUGGUACAGUUUUGUCCAAAGUGGAUUGCUCCAAACGUACUAACUUUCUUGGGAUUCCUUUUUACCGUGCUAAACUUUAUGUUAUUCGCGAUUUAUGACUACUAUUUCUAUGCGUCCAGUGAUGACAAGCCAGAAUACCCUCCAAUAUCACGAUGGGUCUUUGCCAUGGCUGCUUUUAACAUUUUUAUGGCAUAUACGCUUGAUGGGAUAGAUGGAAAGCAGGCAAGACGCACGCAAACAUCUGGUCCCUUAGGAGAAUUAUUUGAUCAUGGUUUAGAUAGUUGGACUGCUAUGCUGAUCACAGUGUGUAUGUAUUCAGUCUUUGGCAGAACAGAUCAUAGCGUCUCGCCACUACGAAUGUACUUUAUAUUAUGGAAUGUAUUUAUUAAUUUCUAUCUGAGCCAUUGGGAGAAGUACAACACAGGUGUGCUGUUUCUCCCCUGGGGAUAUGAUGCUUCCAUGCUAGCAACUGUCAUUGUGUUUACUCUUACCAGCAUAGGUGGACAUGAAGCCUGGAAAUUCGAAUUGCCAGGCGGCAUAUCGGCGGGAAUGAUGUUUGAAAUGUUAUUUUACGUUAGUGCGUUGGUAUCCAAUUUACCAGUUGUACUGUGGAAUAUAUAUAAAUCGUAUAGAGAUAAAACCGGUAAAAUGCGAACAUUUCCAGAGGCUAUAAGGCCCUUGGUGCCUUUAGUUUUAUUCUUUGCAAUUUCCACAAUAUGGAUAAUGCACUCUCCGAAUAAUAUUCUAGAAAAGGAUCCGAGAAUAAUAUAUUUUGCCAUUGGCACUAUUUUUUCCAAUAUAUGUUGUCGAUUAAUUGUAUCCCAGAUGAGUAAUACUAGAUGCGAGGUAUUACCGUGGAUAUUAUUGCCAAUCGCAGUGGCCGCUGUUUUCUCGUUUAUCUCGCCCAGUGUGGACUUGGAAUUCAUGUAUUUAGUCUCUAUUGUAGCCUUACUGGCACAUAUCCAUUACGGGACGUGCGUGGUACGUCAAAUGUGCCGCCACUUCCGUAUUCAGACGUUCUCCAUAAAAGAUCAUUCCGAAUGACUACUUGCCGACGAUACAUGUUAAGAACGAAGAGACAAGUGUAAAAAAAAAAAGAAAGGUUGAUUAAAACCGACACGAGAAAGCAAACAGGGAGAAGAGAUCUGACACACACAUGCACGUACGAACUUUUUGUUAGAACUGAUUGAUUACGAGGAGUUAUCAUGAUAAACACUUAUUGAAAGAACAAGGAAUUCCUAGAAUCACUGAUCCUGUAUGAGAACACGCCGUUCACACGAUAUACAAUAGUCAAUGCUGCUCGCAGAGAUUUGAUAGCGCUAUUUUACUUCACAUAUCUAAAAAAAAAAUAGUGCCUGCUGAAUCGUCUACUCACUACUUUCUGUGUUAAUAACGAAAUUGUCCGAAUUCAUUUGGCUACCGUAUUGUGAUAUACUUAGUUAUAUCCGCGUCACUGCUUUAUCUCCAUGAACGGCGGUGCACAUCCAUAAAUAUUCUCUCCAUCGUGUAUCCCAUUAAGUUUAUGCAGUAAUGUGUGUACAAAUACUUUUUCUUUGAAUUGCCGAACUCGUUGAGUAGUAAGGUGCACCUCUUCGUUUUCGACAUGUAUCGUCUCUCGGACGUUAUUUAUCAAUGUAUAGUAACAUUUGUAUCUAUUUGUAUCUUUUAUGUAUCUUAUGUAUCUUUUUCUUCCGUUUCUUUUCGUGGUUUUCUUUGCUCUUGUUUUCCUUUUCUCUCUUUAUUUAUAAUGUUUGAAAAACAAUUGUAUAAAUCGUUCAAUUCAUGUGCGGGUAUUCACAUACAUAUAUAUAUUUCGAUUAUAAAGUUGUACUCUAAAUUGCAUUUAGUAUAAGAUAAUGUGUACGUUAAGUAAGAAAGGAACGAGUGCUUUAUUGUUUAUAUAUCGAGUGUAUAUUUAUGUUAAGAUAUGUGUAUAGAAUGAUUAUGUCGUGUAUAAUUUCCGUGAACUGCGAUGUAAAAUUCUGCUACAAUGGAAUGUAAUGUUGUGGCAACAAGUUAGUUUUUUUUUUCAUUUUUACUCACUCUUUCAUUGCUGCAUAUGUCAAACUAAUAUGUUUUCCAAAUAUGUAUGAAAUAAAAUAUGUUAAGAUUGUAGCUCUGAGAAGUUUAGAUAGCGAAACUGAAGUAUAUCAAUUUUUUUUUCCGAUGUGAGUUUAAUAUGUUUCAAUAGCUUACAUAUAUAAAUUUUUCUGAACUAUAUACAUAUAGAUAACAUUACAAUGUAAUAAUUGCGAGACAUUGAAAGAUAUCAUGGAAUAAAAAAUAUUUUU